AUGUCACUUCUUCGCGUUACCCACUCAGUCGAAAAAGGCAGAGGGCUCGUCGCCAACCAGCCGAUCGCGGCACACACUCUCAUCGAGACAAGUCCUGUCUUAUUAUUCUCCAAGGAUGAAUGGGAAUCGCAUGGCAAACAUACAAUCCUCGACCACUACACUUUCAACUGGAAAAACGGGUCGAUGGCGCUGGCGCUAGGUCUCGGCUCUCUCUUCAACCACUCCGACACUCCUAAUGUCUCCUACACUAUCCAACCUGAUUCUGAUAUGAUCAUCUACACUACCACUCGCGCAAUUGAGCAAGACGAAGAGCUCUGCAUCUACUAUGGGAGCAAGCUUUGGUUCCAACCUGCCGGCCAAGCCCACAACACGACCAACGUGGCAAUCGAAGAUGGUUGGGGCGGUUUAUCGAGCCUGGAGACAACAUCGUUGCCCAGUUUCUGGGAAGGAAACGCAGGCGACAUGAUCCCAGAAAAAGAUUUACCCUUUGAAAGAUUUAAGCCACCUCCGGAAGAAGAGACUCCUGAAAGUAUCCGUUCAGUGCAAGCAUGGGUUGUGGACGUACCCGACGCCAAGGAAAUUGGAGCCAUGCUGAAGUGGCUUCAUCGCUCCGGCCUCGAUCUACCAGAACUGGGUCAUCUCAAACGCGUACGGAAAACACCAGAGACCAACACCUUUCUGCUCAGUCUUGCUGCUGAACCACCAGAACUCCCCUCUAACAUUGGACUGCCCCAUCCUUCCAGACAAGUUCCAGUGCCCGCAUCUGUAGCGCUGACCUUACCAUCACUCGCCCUAAAAAAUGCAUUGUGGCCCACGGCCUAUGCACCACGAAAAAAAGGCGAAGUUGAAGAUUGGACGCGAGAAAAGACGCGGUGGGCUUGGGAGUCGAUGAAAAGAGUUGUCGACGAAGCACAUAAAGCAAAACAAGCUGGAGAAUUACCAAUCGCAGCUCUAAUUCCUGCUGAACAAUCUUUCAUCGGGUACGACACCCGACAGAGCGCAUCACAUCCGCUCCGUCAUGCCGUCCUCAACGCAAUACGCAAUCUGGCUGACCAUCAUGCAAAGACAGCAACUUCUGAACUCGAUGAACGGCAGAAUGGUCAAAACUACCUUCUUACCUCGUUGACUCUCUUCACGACCCACGAGCCUUGCAUUAUGUGUAGCAUGGCUUUGCUCCAUUCUCGGGUGAAAGAAGUCUAUUUUCUCAUUCCAAUGAACAAGACGGGUGGAUGUGGCGGAGCAACAUGUCUGCCUCUCCUCCCUGGGGUCAACCAUAGGUUCACAAUAUGUCGCUGGAAAAUUGAUACGUUGGAUGUGGACGGAUUACAUGUAGAGGAUAUAUUAGAUGCCUAG